AUGGGGAUAAGAAGAGAGGAAACGCUCCAUCUCCAGCACCGGCGAGGUGAGGGAGGAACAGCGCUGCGACACCGCGAGCUCGGCGUCGUGCGCGCAGAGGAAGCCGCCCGUGCCCUCGAGGCCGUGCGGCCGCGCGCCGACGCCCCCGCGUGCGCAGGAGACGCCUCCCCAGCCGGCGCUGGCGACGUCGAAGCCACGCACACACGGCCCUCCUACGCACUGUGCGUCACCACCGACGCCGAAGGCGCCGGAGUAGGAGGAUAUGGAUACUCAUACCCCCCAGGCAGCGACGGCGACGCGGCGGCCGGCGAGGGCGAGGGCGAGGGGAAGGAGUCCCUGGAAAACCCGCUGGUUUUAUCACAGUGGCCAGGACUCCCUGCUGGUGUUAAGUUUGAUCCAACUGACCUUGAACUGGUUGAACAUUUAGAAGGAAAGGUCGGCAGGGCAGCAUCCCAUGUACUAAUAAAUGGUUUUAUUCCAACCAUAGAGGAGGCGGAAGGAAUCUGCCAUACACAUCCGGAAAAUCUCCCUGGUGUCAAAUUAGACGGAAUCGCCAGUCAUUUCUUCCACGUAUCAAAUGCCUACGAUGUUGGCAAGCGUAAUCGUCGCAAGAUUAGCCACAGUGACCACACUGUUUGUGAUGAGAAUCACAGAUGGCAGAAGACUGGAAAAUCCAGAUCUAUCUUAGGUAAUAACGGUGUCAUAAAAGGGUGGAAGAAAAUAUUGGUUCUUUACAUAGGUUCUCGAAAAGGAGGUGGCAAGGCAGAAAAAACUAAUUGGAGAAUGCAUCAGUAUCACCUUGGGGUAGAUCAAGAUGAAAAGCAGGAGGAGCUUGUUGUUUCCAAAGUCUUUUAUCAGUUCCCGUCAAAUGAUGUUGGGCAGCCUCUAAUUUGCAGUGGUAAUAAAGAAUAUGAUUCAUUUGCUGGGGAAAAUGAUCCUACAACCCCAAUAACAUACCCUUCGCAGACUCAUCGCCCAAACGGUAACCCAUCCGGAACCGAGCAGAAUCAGGUACAUAUUUAUUUUUUCACAUAGGUACAUCUUUAUUGACCUAUGUGAAAGCUUUUGUCUAACUUUAUGGGUCAUAGGAAGCUUCAGUUUUCCUAUAUACAUACAUUGAAAUAAAAUCUUAUGCACAUCCAAUGAACUCUGUUUGUAGGAUUCCUUCUCACAGCAUUUAGUUAAUAGUACUGAUCUGUGGGUGAAUUACAGGAAUCCCUUGAAACAAAGCCUUGCAAUACUGGAUCCCACUGUUGCAAUUCCUUCUCGGUUGUAGGUUCAGGCAGUAGAUGCUAUACUUCACAAAAAUCAACAAGAUACUCCUACUACAGAGGAGAAUUUACUCUCCUUGCAAGAGUGCAUCCAACAUUCUCACAAAUACUGAAUAUUAUGUACUCUUUAACAAUAUUAUGUGCUUGAUUAUGAUCCUAUGUAUUGGUUGAGAUUAUCAUGUUGUUU